AUGGCCGAGUCGGAGUUGAGCCCCAAGUUUGCGCCCUUCAUUGGCAUGGGCGGCAUUGCAUCGGCCAUGAUCUUUGGCUGCAUGGGUGCCGCCUACGGCACCGCAAAAUCCGGCAUUGGCAUUGCAGGCGUGGGAACGUUUCGGCCGGACUUGAUCAUGAAGUGCCUUAUCCCCGUUGUCAUGUCCGGUAUCAUCGCCGUCUACUCGCUCGUGAUAUCCGUCCUCAUUGCCCAGGACCUGCAACCCGGGUCAAACUAUAGCUUAUUCAACGGUUUCAUGCACCUCGCAUGCGGGCUGUCUGUCGGCCUUACGGGUCUUGCAGCUGGAUACUGCAUCGGCGUCGUUGGCGACAAGGGCGUUCGGUCGUACAUGUUGCAGUCUAGGGUGUUUGUCGGCAUGGUUCUGAUCCUUAUUUUCGGCGAAGUGUUGGGGCUCUACGGACUCAUUGUCGCCCUGAUCCUCAACACCAAGAGCAAGGGCUAA